AUGACUUCACGGGGAUGGCGUCUAGUCCUCCGCAAGUUCCCAUCUCAGGUUUUCCUCAUACCCCAGGGAACCGGCAUCUUAUCCGUAGUUCUCCACCAGUUGGACUACCAAUUCACUGGGCUCAAAACCAUCGCCAUCAUCCUCUGGUUCAUCGCAUUCAUCACCUUAUUCAUUUUCUUCAUCACUUACCUCCUCAAGGCGGCGCUCUAUCCGCGGGACUUUUGUCAUGCCAUCUCCAGCAGCACAGCCGAGGCAGCGUGCCUCGCAAGCAUUAGCAUUUCCUUCACGUCUGUAAUUCAGAUGCUAUCCAUGGUUGUCGUGCCCAGCUGGGGAGGGCCGGACUGGGCCAAAGCCACGUAUAUUCUCUGGUGGAUCAAUACGACAAUGGCGUUGGCAGCCUGCUUCCUUCUACCACCAUUCUUCGUCAGGACUCUGCAUGCCGAGGGUGGGCUUCAUCAUGCCUUUACGCCGGUAACUCAGCUGCCGAUUAUUGCCGCGUUGACCUCCGCCGCUGGGGCUGGAACACUCUCCGAAUAUGCGAUGCUCAGUUCGCAGCAGAAACUCCCGAUGAUCAUUGUGGCGUACCUUGAGAUUGGUGUGGGUAUUCCCAUAGCUUUGGCCCUUGACACGCUAUUCUGGGCACGGAAAUAUCUCCCCUGGGAAGCUCCGGUUGACGGAUUCAGCGUGCAAACUCCAAGACAUCAGGUAUUUGUCGAGAUGAUCAUGUGCGGACCUUGGGGCCAGGGUAGCUUCGCCAUGCAAGGACUAGGCUCGGCCUUAAUCAAGGGCGCAUUCGAUCUUGGGGGGUUUAUACGAAUGCGGCGGUUCAACUGGGGAAGCUGA